UCUCGGGGAUUUUGCUUUCGGUUUAUUUUUCAUCGGGCAUUACCUGUUUGCCAUCAUAUUUGUUUCGUUGGGUGACACGCGCUUUCUCGUUUUGCAGAAAGAAACACGACGAACCGUGCCACCUCCAAUCAACAUCAACUGAAACGUACCCUGAAAAACAGGAAUAAUAACAAAUUAAGCAUGUCAGGUUGUCAGGAUCAGGUUGUUCCCAAACGAAAAAAGAGAAGAAAUAGAAAGAAAAUGUCUUCUGAGUCGGAAAAUGUAAGUUUAGACGAUAAAAAAGAGGAACAAACGAAGCCCCUGCAUACGUCCAUGGAAAGGCUCCAAGUACAGAAUAACAACGUACAGAACGUAAAUGUUAGUCGAAGUGCAGCUGGCUCAAAUUGGGAGGCGAUGCGACAAAUCCGGACUACGUCUGCAAGCGGCAGUGAACAGGAUGUGUGUGGAGGAAAAAAUGAGGACGACGAAAAAGUCCAGCCACCAGCUGGUCUCAGUAAGUCGGCACGUCUACGGCAAAAGAGAAAAACAAAUCAAUGGAAUAAAUAUGUAGCUAUGGACUGCGAAAUGGUUGGAGUUGGUUUCAACGGUCAAGAAGAUAUGCUUGCCAGGGUCUCAAUUGUCAAUAAAAACGGUGAAAUUAUAAUUGACAAAUUCGUAAAGCCACAGGAAGCCGUGACUGACUAUAGAACAAGUAUUUCUGGCAUUCGACCUCAUGAUAUAGAGAACGGGGAAGAGUUUAAGGAUGUGCAGAAUGAAGUGGUAAAAAUUUUGCAAGGUAAAAUACUUGUUGGCCAUGCGAUCCGAAAUGAUUUGUCAGUUUUGCACAUUAAACAUCCAUUUUCGAAUAUUCGGGACACUGCUAGGUACAAGCCGUUAUGUCGCUUAGUUGCAAAUGGUCGGACACCAAGCCUUAAACGGCUGAGCCAAGCAAUUUUGGGACAAGAAAUACAGACUGGUGAACACAACUCUGUCGAAGAUGCUCGUGCUGCAAUGCAUAUAUACAACCGUUUAAGUAAAGACUGGGAAGCAUAUCUAAGGAGACACCAACACAGGAAAUUGUAAUAUUAAAGAGCACUUCAUUUUUCAAUGCUACGGUACUCUGUCAUCGGCCUUACUAAAGCUGUGGAAAAAAAAACAAAACAAUAUCAUUUAAUAAUUCGUCAUUUCAUACAUAAGUUGUGAUGUUGCAUUUAUUCAAAUUGUUUAAUAUAGAAUUUUGUGUCAACAAAAUGAUAGACUCCCAUUUAUAA